UGAGCCAGGGAUGUAGUCUCGUUAGGCCUAUAGUAACCCAUUUAGCUCCCGCUUGGCUGAAGGAACGUAAGAAAAUCCUAUUUAGAAAUAAAUUUAGCGCAGAAGAACUUUAAUCUUCUCAUUUUUAGAAUUACUACGAAAACCCGACAAGACGUAAAAAGGUUGUUAGUGUUUUUACUUUUCACCAACGGAAUGUUAUACUAAAUACUCCAGAGUAGGCAUUUUACUUUGUUCCAUAAAUACAUUUGUUCUCAGAAUAUUCCAUUUGUUUCAGCUGUUUAAAAACAAACAAAUUCUUGCGAUUUAGUGAUUGUGUUGUUUUCAUUCAAGUGUUGAUACGCAUUUUUUGUGAAGUAGUAUUGUGAAUACUGCCAGCUGUUGGUUGCAGAGGAAUAUUUAUUUCGAAGAAUUUGCUACACAAAUUCCAGCGUCCUUGAUCUCAGUAGGUAACACGAAGUGUACGUCACAACGUAAUGCAUCACAUAAUUCCCUCAUCGAAAGGAGAUCCGCUGUGUCCCCUCGGCUUCCACCCUCAGGUCCGGUGGCCCACAAGAUGUAAGAGGUGUUUUAGAGACUACAAAGAGCAUGGCUAUCGUAAGGACCAAGACGCGCUCAAGAGGGAUGAGACCACGGUGUCGUCUCCCAGUCUGUCAACCUGGAACUCAGUCUCAUCACGUUCUCGUGAUGGCAAUCGGAGUGACAGCUCUAGCAGCACAAACAGUGGUGUCAGUACUCGUAAUUGGAGCAGUGGUGGCUCUUCAGGUUCACGAGGGGAAGACAACUCCAAGUAUGGCAGCAGUGGUACACUCACAUCCAGAUUCAGCAGUGGAAGGCCAGCUGCAUCUUGGACUUCAACACCUGAUCUGGGAAACCUGAAUGACGAUACAAGAGCAGAUAUUACCACAGUCAGUCUUACACUGCCUAGAAGGAGAAGAGUACCACAAGUGGACACUGGACAAGAUUCUCCAGAGCCAGUGGUUUCAGAUUCCUUUACACUACGCCAUCAUCAAACACCCUUAUCAACAGCAGAAAAUGAAAAAAACAGCACAAGCACUUCUAGUGCAGCUGCAGCCAGUCAUACCACCACUCAGCCAACGAAGCAAACUAGGUCCUCAAGAAGAAGUAUGAGCCAAAGCAGCACUGGUACCAGUGGUGAGAAUAAGGACGUUGGAAAACUACGUCGAUUGAGGAUACAGUCACUGAAAGAAGUGCAUUCUGUUGAGGAACCCACAAACCCAGAAGUGGAAUUCAUCAUUCAGGUUAAAUCUUCUAAAGGAAAAUCAUCUUCUAGUAAAACUAAAAAUGCCAGUGGUAAUGGAGCUAACAGCAUUAGUAGUAGUACAGAUGUCAAGAAGACAUCAGGAACAUUAUCCUUACAAGGCUCUAGUUCAUCUGGAAGUAGUGGCAGUAGUGGGACCAGUGAAGAAGAAGGAGACAGUGAUGAUGAUCAGUCAAGUGUAGCAGGGACUGAGACAACAGAGACAACGCUAGUUGACAAUAAUGAGAAUGAAUUACAGGAGCAGAUUGAUAGCUUGAAGCAGGAACUGGAGACAAUGCGAGCACGAUGUGAGCGAGUGGAGAGGGAGAAGAGUGACAUAUUGCUGCGUCGGAUAGCAGCCUUGGACACAGCUCCCAGCAAGACUGCUGCUUCUGAGGUGCUGAAGCUGCAACAGAAAGUAAAUGAGUUGCAGAGUCAAACAGAAGAUCUGCGUGAUGACAAAAAGAGUCUGAAUCUGAGAGUCAAGGAGCUGGAAGAGGAGCUGGGGAAUCGACCUGACAAGAUGGCCACACAGCGGACUGUUGAUGAAAUGCAUACCAAAUUACUGGCUGCUGAGACACUCUGUGAGGAACUGAUGGAUGAGAAUGAAGACAUGAAGAAAGAGCUCAGAGAUUUGGAAGAAGAGAUUGAAGAAAUGCAAGACAAUUUCCGAGAGGACCAAGCAGAUGAGUACACGUCACUAAAGAAAGAACUGGAGCAGACAAAUAAGAACUGUCGUAUAUUGUCAUUCAAAUUACGCAAAGCAGAAAGGAAGACUGAACAAUUAGAUGCAGAAAAGUUAGAGGUAGAAAGGAAGUUCAAGGAAGUUGCCGGAGGUCAAACAGGCCUUGAGAAGGUUGAGAGAAUAAAACAGUUGGAGCAAGAAUUGGCAGUUGCUAAUGAGGUGGCAGUCCGCUUGCAGAAAGAACUGGAUGAAACAAAUGCCAAGCUGAAAGCCAAAGAAGAAGCAAGUAAUAAAGAAACAACAAAGAAAAAGGCUCCUAUGCUGGGAACAAUUGGAAAAGUUUCUUCAGGCGAGAAGGUAUCUCGGGCAUCCCUGACCAGAGGUGGAUCACAGGAAGAUCCACAGCAGCUGCUCCGGGAUCUUCAAGAUUCACUGGAACGAGAGGCUGAUUUGCGUGAACAACUGCGCUUUGCAGAGGAAGAACUUCAGAGGAACAAGAAACAAAGGAUCAUCAUCAGAGAUAAUAGUGCUGAUUGGAGAAAUACGCCAGCAUUGCCAUCACUGAGGCCAGAUGUUGUUCCAUCAUUAUAUCAGCAAGAAAUAUCCUCUGCUGGAAUUUCUAAAUGUCAGUUCCAGCAUACUACUACUCAGCUGUAUCAUGAAGGAAAUUGGAAAACUCCAGGAAUAUCUUCUGAAACUCAGACCAGUUUCUUGGACAUUCCUACAACAUCACAGUUAAGACCUGUCAUUCUCCAGAGUCAGAUUGAUACGCAAAUAUCACCACUGACUUCUGAAGAAAUCUUGAAAACGUCAGCAGAUACUCAGACUAUACAGGCUGCAGAUUUUGUGUCAACUGAAGACAAAGGAACAGACUUUGAUGCAGACUUAUCACAAGUAACAAAUACAGUACAAAUCACAGAGUCAACUCAAACUGAUUCCUCAAUGCAAGUUUCUAUGGAAAUCCAAGCAGAGGAACUGCUAAUAAUAACAGAAAUGUCUCAAAUAGACAUUCCCAAAGAACUUCAGACAUCUACAUCUUCUCUAACUAUUCCAGAAGAAUUAUGUAUAAAAGCUAACGUUUAUAAAGAGUGGGGGACUUCUGUAUCAACUCAAACUAUUACACUUGAAACACAGACUAUUUCCACAGAAACUGAACUCACUACAAUAACAUCUAUAGCAACGCAGACUGAAGAGUCACUGGAGAAGGAAUUUGUGACAUCUUCAAAUUUAAAAACUAGUUCAGAAAUUCAGAAAAAUAUAGUUGGUAUCACACAUCAGCCAUCCCAACUAAAAUCUCACUUAUUACUAAUUUCAUCCAGUGUACCUGAAGAUGACAAUUCAACAUCUCUACCUAGUCCAAUUAUAGAACCUGAUAUAUCUCUUGAAGAAUUUACAGAGCUACAGAUAUCUGUUGGGACACAAACAGAAUGUUCGUCACCAUUUCCACAAGCAAUGGUGAGCCCUAUGCGGCAGUUCCAGUUUUCAGUACCAACGAUUUUCCCACCUGGCUCUCUCCUCUCUAGAAGUUCACCAAUGAGAACACUGCUAAUGCCCCUAGGUCGCCGACACAGUCCGAGCCCAGCGCGGUUGACUCCAGAGCCAUCUGUUGAAAAGGAUGAGGGUAUAUCAGAUGAAGAAGAUCCUGCAGAAUUGAGGAUAUUGUUAGAACUUAAUGAACAGGAGGCAGCGGUAUUGAGGCGGAAAGUGGAAGAAUUGGAAAGUGAAGGGGAGAACAUGAAGCACAAACUGAAGGAACUUCAGAAUAAACUUACAGAGAAGACAGCAAGGAAGAACUUGGUAGCAUCACUAGGAAGUUCUGAACCAGUUGCAGGAAGUGCACUACAUGAGCAAAAGCUGAAGGUUUUGGAAGCUGAAGUAUCUGAAGUACGUAUGAAACUGAUUGAGAAGGAACGGGACUGUGAGAGGUUACAUGCUGAACUUACUGUCACACAGAAGAGAUUUUCUAAGGGCUCUAUUCAGAAGAGCAAAUCACUGGAUAGUGGAAAUGAACAACAGGCCUUGGAUCUGAAGUGUCAACUCCAAGUGAUAGAACAGGAAGCAACAAUAUUGCGAACCAAUAUUCAAACACUGGAAUCAGAUAAUGAGAAGCUUGUAGCAGAAAACAAACAGUUGCAUCUUAUGAGGUUAAAAAAGGGAUCUACAGAAAAAGAAUCUGAAGUUGAAUUAAAAGGAAAACUUACAUCAUUGGAGACAGAACUUGCAGAAGCUUACAAUAAGGUGAAAGAACUGGAAGUUAAACUGAAGGAAGAUGAAACAACUAAAACAGCAGCAGAAGACAAGAAAAAGAAAUCAGGAGCCAAGGACACAGUUGAAGUAACCAGACUGAAGAAAGAGAUGAAAACAAAAAUAGAGGAACUAGACAAAUUAAAGGCUCAAACCAAGAAGUUUGAGGAAGAUAACGAAAAUCUGACUCAAGUUCUGAAACGACUGAAAUAUGAAGUACUUUCCAGUGCUGCCAAGUUUUACAAGCAGCGGACACCAAAGAAACCAACAGAUUUGACCUCCAAAGUGCAACUCAAGAAAAUGGUAGAAGAACUUGAAGCUGAGAUUGGUGAGGUACUGGUUUUGCUGAAGAAAUCAGAAAUGGAGAAAUCAAAAUUACAGGAACGGAGAGGGGCCACUGAGGAGAAGUUAUGGAAAGAAGAGAAAGAAAAAUUUCAGAAGAAGUUGGAUGAAAAGAAUAAAGAAGUGGAGGAACUUCAGAAAUCACUGAAAGAAGAAAAGGAAAUCUCAGAUAGAGAAAAGAAGAAAGCUAUCAAAGACAAAAAGGCAGUAGAAGAUGAAAUAAGGAAAGCAGAGGAAGAGUGCAGCAAGCUGCAGGCAGAGAGGAAAGUAUGGGAUGAUGAAAGAAAAAAGCUGGAAGAAAACAAGAAAGUAGCAGAGGAGGAAAUACGUAGAGCACGUGAAGAAGCAAAGAAAUUAUCUGAGGACCGAAAACGAUUAGAGGAAGAGAUCAUCAGAAUUAAUGCUGAGAAAGUGGCUAUCACCAAGAAACAGGAGGAAGUAUCAGUAUUUGUGCAGAGAAUAGAGUCACUGAAAACUGAAUUGGAAAUAGAACAACAACAAGGAGCUUCCUUAAGACAGAAACUGGAAUCAGCUACUAUAGUAGAACAAGAGAAAAUCAAGCUACAGAGGGAGAUAAUGGAAAAGGCAAAGAAGGUUACAGAGGCAGAGAAAAAAGUGAAGGAAUUUGAAGAAAAACUGAAAAGGAAUGAAAAAUUGCUUAGCAAUAACAAAACAAAGAUCUCUAGACUUGAGAAAGAGCUUGAAGAAGAGAAAGAGAAAGUUCAGUCAAGUGAAUUACAGCACCAAGACAAAACGUCUAAUUGGCUGGCAGAACAAAACAUUCUGAAGGAACAAUUAUUAGACUUGCAGACAAGAAAUGACAAUCUGCAAAUGUCACUGGUUAACCGGGAUAUGACCAUUGAAAAACUGGAAAUUAGUGUGAAAGAAGAAAAGGAGAAGGCAUUGACUGCAAAUACAAGGGUAGGGUCAGCAGAAAACAAGGAGAUAAAGUCCUUGCGUGAACAGUUGGCAGCAAGCAAGACUCAAGUACAGGAGUUGACUGCCAAACUGGAAAAAGUUGAGAAGUUACUAAAAGCGGCUGAAGAAAAUCUCAAGACUGAAACUGAGGCAAAGAAGAGUAUGGCUGAUUUAGAAUCAAAAAUAUCUGCACUUGAAGUGAAUCUUCAGGCUGAGAAAAAGAAGUGUGAAAGGAUGAAAAUUUCUCAGGAAAAAGAAUUGAAAAAUAGGGAGCAAGAGCUAUCAAGUUUACGCACAAAGCUGCGUUCACUAGAAGGAAACAAUGGUACCAGCAACAAGAAGGUUACGGAGCUAAAAGAGGAAUAUCAGUCACACAUUGAUAAAUUAGAGGAAGCAUUGUCAGCAGAGAGACAAGCAUAUGAAGACCUUACAGCAAAGUAUGAGAUCUUGGAGGAGGAACAUGUGGUCACCAAGGCACAACUUGUUAUGGAUAAGGAGGCAAUACAAGGGCAACUUUUGACAAUGAAGAGGGAACUAGUAGGAGCAGAGAAUGAGCUGAGGAUGCUUCAGGAGACAUAUAAUGAGAAGCAGGAUAGCUGGAUUAAGGAGAAACUUGACCUCCAGGAUAAACUAAAGGAGCUAGAGGAGAAAGUAUCGCGCAGCAACAGCAAUGACAGUUGGGUUCUUGAGAGAACUCGUCUCAAAUCCGCUCUGCAAGGUAAAUCUUUGGAGAUGGAACAAAUGAAGAAGGAAGCCGAUAUGACUGCAGAUCAGAUGGAACACUUUAGACGGGAGAAUGAUGAAUUACGCAAAAAGUUAGAAGACUUUGACAAGGUAGUGAAGGUCCACCGAAGUAUGUCAGCUGACACUUCUGCCAUAGAGAAGGAGCUGCAGUCCAUAAAGAACAAACGUUACGAAGAAGAAAAAACCCACAAGUCAGAAAUGGCACAACUAAAGUUGCGAUAUGAUGGCCGAGUUGCAGUCAUCUGUGAAGAAAUCCAAGGCCUGCAGGGUCAAGUGAGUCGAUUCAAACGAGAACGUGACACUUUCAGACACAUGUUGGAGGGUGCACAGAGGACUAUUGCAGACUUGAAGGCAUCCUCGGGCAGAGAGUCCAGAAGUUCUGGCAGUAAUGUUGAUGAGUCAGAGGAAACACAAACAAGAAUACAGACUUUGGAACAGCAGGUCAACUGUAUGGAGGAUGAGCUAUCUGAAGCUCGACUUGAGGCUUCCAAACUCAAGACAGAGCUGAUCUCAGAACGGUCUGCUUGGGAGGUGAAACUUUCUGAGAUGCAGUCACAUGUAAAUGAGCUUGAGGAGGAUCGUAUCAUAAGCAGUGGACGUACAAAGAUACCCGGAAUGCGUACACGAAUGGAAUUAGCAUGGCAGAAGGAGCGUGAAGAACAGCAUCGAUUACUUCAAGAAACAUCUACAUUGGCCAGAGAUCUCCGUCAAACAUUGUUUGAGGUGGAGCGAGAAAGAGACAAAGAGCGGCUGGAAGCAAAACGACGUCUUGAGCAACUCAAGAAAUCCACAGAAGAAGAACAAGAAGAAAACAGGAAGAAAGUUACAGAGUUACAAUGUGAUCUACUGGAACUUCGUGAUGCUCAUGCAAAGUUACGGACAACCAAUGAGAAGCUACGCCGGGAGAAAGAACGUAAUGAGAAGGAACGUGAAGAACUUAGGCAGUUGGCGUCAGGCAGGAGACGAGCUGAGCAAGAUGAAGACAGAAGAGUUAACAUUUUACUAGAGCAGGUGGAUGAAUUAAUGCGUCUGGCACCCGAAUUGUUCCUUCAGAAGUCAACAUCAGAUUCAUCUUCAACAUCAUCUCAGUCACAGCCAACACCCAUUGCACCUAAGAGGCUUAAGGGUCCAAAAUCUCGAGAAUCAUCAAGAGAGUCCUCUCCACAGUUACAAAGGAAGGAGUUCCAGAAAGAAUCAUCAGUAGAUCGAAAAAUUCAACUUCAGUCAACUGUUCAUAGGCUAUCUGAAGUUACAGAAGAGUUACGGCGAUUCCAGAGGCUGAGUGAAGAAGAACGGGACAGAGAACGAGCUAAGAGGAUGUUAGGAUUGAGAAGAGCUGCUUCAACAGAAUCAGAUAACCCACCAGACUCCUCGUUGCGUUCCAAGCCUCUGGCCCGAAGUGCUGCUGCCCUACAAAAGAAGGGCAGUCUGUAUCGCAAAUCACUUUCCUUAGAGCAGACAAGUGGACAAGAUCAGUCAUUCUGGAAGGGAGAGUCAGACAAUGAAGGGAGCCUUUCAAGUCUUCAAUCUCUGGAAGCUGGUGCAGAAGCACUUUCAGAUAAUCGGUACCAUACACUUCAGAAAAAGGAAUCUAACUUGGACAGCCGCCUUUCUGGAGGGUCAGCACAAAGCGAUGUGUUACAGUCAACAGAAAAGAAGAAAAAGAAGGGUUUCUUGGGCAAAUUGAAGAAGCUCACAAAGUCACGCAGCAUUGAUGAUGGUGUCUCAGAUUUCACAACAGGAAUGAGUCAGGGUGGAUCUGGGUCAGACAUCAGUGUAUCAGAAGACAAGGGAAGGAUGAAAGAUCGUAUAACAGGCAUCUUCAAGAAGAGUGGGUCUACAUCCAGAAGUAGCAGCAUAGAACGUAAUCCUGCAGUGCCAGAUCGUUCAGAUUCAACGCAGAGACCUCUUGUGAGACAAAGCAGUAGCAAUACAUUGCCCCGACCAUCACCAGCUAGAAGUGAUGUAAGUGCAUCAAGCAACUCCCGACCAUUAGCAUCAAGUUCCUUACGAUCACCAACUCCAGACACUUCCAGCACUCCAUCACGAGGCAGAAAAUAGGGUGUUUAACUCCACAUUCAUCAUGGAGUUAACCUUUUAAGAUGAUACAGAGCAGCUGUAUCGGAUGUGGAGUGGAUGGACUGGCAAAUGAAAGAAAUUACAGGGAGUCUGAACAAUAUUAUGUUGUUUUCCUAGCAGAUACACCAGUGUAUGGUAAUGGACCAUGAAUACGAAUUUAUAGUGUCUAAGUCUGAGCUAAGUUCUAUAUUUUCAUGAGGUGAAAAAUAUGGAACUGUUCAUUUGGUGAAAGUACUCAGAAUUUAGGCCACUGUCCUGCAAAUCAGUAACAGAGUUAUAAUCCCUUGAUUUAUAUUUGGAUUCAUAUGAAGCAGUAGGUAUCACUGAGCCAUGGGUUAUAAAAUGAUAGUUUCAGCUGCAUAAGUUUUAUAACACCAAAUAAAAUUUGGAAAAUGUUAAUGACUAAUUAGUAAGAGGAACAACUCAGGAUGGUCAGUAGUCUGGUUAAGAUUUGAAAGAAAUGCCUCAAAAAUGAAAGUUUAGAGUUUUUGAUAUUAAAAACUAUACAUGAACAUUUUUAAUUUUUAAUUUUGACCUUAAGGGAAGGAAGAGAAAAUAUAUUACAAAUUUUGAAGUGACUUCAAAAACUAUGGCAGCCAAGUUUUGGAUGCUUCUGCACAUCUACUGUCACGUGCCUUUAUGAACCAACCAGCUUCUGAUGGGUGGUGUAAAAAGUAUUCAGUUAUUUCAAGUGUGAAGCAGACACUAUUUGUAUUCUCUCUCUCUCUUAGCACCACUCACCUUUAUUCGUGUCAGUUACUUUAGCAAUACACAUUUCAUACAAUGCUACAUAAGAAAUUGCAAACAAAAUAUUCAAAGAUUGAGUUAUGAUAUAGUCCUUCCUGUCCUUAUAAUGCCAAGUUAGCAGCAGAAGUCUGCAUAACAUUCAAGCACUGAUUAGACUGGUUCUCUGUAUCUGCCAUUCUUGCUACAUAAAACAUUCUCCAAUGACUGGGGAAAAAUCUCUGACUUUGUUCCUGUGACAACCCACCACAUCAUGAAGGUGUACGGUAGGUGAGUGGUCAGCAGUAUGCUCUGGUACUUUUUCCUAGAGAACUUUCUGCCAUCAUUAUGCUAUGGCCAGGAGUGUGGGUAGACCCCAUAAUCAUUUUGGAUAUCUUAAUGAAGCUAUAAAUUGUGCCCUGCCAGUAAUUAGUCACUUAAUUGACUCAGCUAUCCUAGUUGAUAUGCCAGUAGUUAUAGGAGUAUAUGUUUCUUACCUGAAGAUUAUCCCUAUACUUACAAAGUAAAAGAAAAUGAGUGGCACUUUUUGCGUGCAUAGAGGUUUUUUGACAGUGUAUAUUUUUAAAAAUAAUUAACAGGAAGUACGACUUUACAGUCCAUGUCUUGUCCAUUAUUAAAUUCAAAUCUCUAUUUCUGAUUCUAUUUGUGGAAGAAAAUACGAAUGUGAAUGAGUUACUUGCACUCUCAUUUGGAUAUUUAUUGUUAUUAGGAUCAUGAUUUUGCUGAAAGUGGUCACUAACAUGUUAAUCAUGUAUUAUAAAUUGAAACAAAUUAGUAUGAGAUCACUGUUGUAAAUUGUUGAAGUACUUUAUUCUGAACUAAAGAAUUUAACAAUUAAAUUUACAAUAUAUGACUUAUUAUUAUAUAAAAGUUCUAAAUAAAAUAUUUAUCAUACAUAUAAAAUUGAAAUAUUCACUUAAUUCUAUUCACAGUCACAUGACAGAUAAGGAAAUGACAUUAUGAUUUUGUGUUUACAAUUUAAAUUACUGGAUGGACUACACUCUGCAUAUGUUCAUUGUUUACCCUUUGUCAGAUUUCAGUUGAGUGUACAAAAGAGGAUUUCCAAAGAAUUGUUUGUAAAUUACAUGAUAUAAUUAAUGUAUACAAUAUUGAAAUAUACACUGUGAGAAUGCAUAUAACUGCAUUUAUAGGAAAACAAGACAUAUGAGUAAACAUUUUUAUAUAAUAAAAUACUUUAAUAAUUUAA